GACCCCAGGCCGUCAAGUGAACGACCGUGUGCAGUAACGUUUACGCGACGGUGCAACACACUUCCCGACACGAGUCGAGGCCUGGGACUCUCUUCAAAUACCGUUAUACCAGCCCUCUCUCUUGGCCCCAAGCCAUUCCAAUCGUUGCCAGCCGAUCGCAAAAUUCGCAAACCAGCCAUGAAGAUGAAGCUUUACGAGAUCCAGUUCCUGCUCCUUGUGGCUUUGCUCGCCGCUCCCUUCACGACGGUGUGCCGGGCGUCCAGGACAGGGCGGCCGCCGACGUGCGACCCGCUGGCGCUGCGCCCGUGCGCCCCGGCGGUCAUCUACGGCGCGCGGCCGUCCGGCGAGUGCUGCGCUAAGCUCAGGGGGCAGAUGCCGUGCCUGUGCAGGUACAGCAAGAACCUCGACCUGGGUAGGUACAUCAACUCCCGGGAGGGCAGGAGGAUUGCGGCCGUCUGUCGUGUCCGGAGGCUCAGGUGCUAGGCUUGUCUUACCUGUCUGUAACCGAUUUCCGUGUGACGCCUCUUGCUGUUCCCUCCGAAUCUCCGUCGGGGCUCUGUCGAUUACUUUGUGUACUUGCUGCUGCCUGUUGGUGUGUGGGCGUGUCAGCGUGUGGCUGUCUCUUCAGGUGUUGUCUUUGCAGUUGCAGUGAGAUGGUCUGAUCUUGUUCUGUCAUGUUGCAGCUUAUUGUGGACCUUUCUGUUG